GGGGCCAUGUCAGAAGAGAGAAAGGUGCAUAUUGGGAAGAUGCUGCAGAGGUGAAAUGGACCAGAGAUGUGCAGGGGUGACUCGGACCAGAGGUGCUGCAGAGGUGAAAUGGACCAGAGAUGCUUCAGAGGUGAAAUGCACCAGAGAUGCUGCAGAGGUGAAAUGGACCAGAAAUGAGGCAGAGGUGAAAUGGACCAGAGAUGGUGCAGAGAUGCUACAGGGGUGACAUCGACCAGGGAUGCUGCUACAGCCUGGAUGUGGGGGGAUUGGUGACCUUCAGGGAUGUGGCUGUGACCUUCAGCCAUGAGGAGUGGGGGCAUCUAGACCCUUCCCAGAAGGCUCUCUACUGCGAGGUGAUGCUGGAGAAUUACAGGAACAUGGUCUGCCUGGGACUCGCCAUUUCCCAGCCCAAUGUGAUGGACCAGUUGGAGCGAGGGGAAGCCCCUUGGACUCCUGAAGGAGAAGGCGCAGGGGGCAGCUCCACGGAUCUGAGACGCUUGAGGACAGCAGCAGAGUGCCUGACCACUGAAGUUGGCUGUAUCUUGUGUGAUGGUCUGCUUUCCUCCCUCACUGCAGCCACGAGCUGGGCAGAAGCCUGGGCAACAUUCUCGGUGCCUCCCCUUGAUUUGGAAACUAGACUGGAAGCCAAGGAGUCUGGUCCAGAGCUGGGCAUUUCUGUGGAACAGUCAUCCCAAAAGAGACUCACAAGGAAGGAUCCCCCUGUUCUCCACUUGAGGGAAGCCUGGGCCCCCCAUGAGAGGGAGCAGAGAGAGGAGGAGGAGGAGGUGGUCAGGGGUGAUGCCAGGAGCUUCAGGCUGGCCCAGCGACCUGUCGGAGAGAGUGUCUAUGAUUUUGAGGCUUACAGAAGGAGCUUCAGGCAGUACUCAGAUCUAAACAAAUGGAACAGAAUCUACUCCAAGAAAAUAUUUUUCAAUUGUAAUGAAUGUGGGAUAGGUUUCAACUGCAACUUAUCUUUUGGUUCUUAUCAGUCUAUUCAUGCUGGAGAGAAACAUCAUCAGUGUAGUGAAUGUGGGAAGACUUUCAACCGCAGUUCAUCUCUGACUUCCCAUUAUAGAAUUCACACCGGAGAGAAACCGUAUGAAUGCAAAGAUUGUGGGAAGGCCUUCUCCCAUCGGUCACAACUUACCUCCCACCAUAGGGCUCACACUGGUGAGAAACCUUAUGAAUGUAAGGAGUGUGGGAAGGCUUUCCUCCAGAGGGCACGGCUUAAUCGGCACCAGAGUAUUCACACUGGCGAGAAGCCAUAUCAGUGUGAUGAGUGUGGCAAGGCCUUUACUCGAAGCUCCUCCCUCAUUUCCCAUCACAGGAUUCAUACUGGAGAGAAACCUUAUGAAUGCAACGAGUGUGGGAAGGCCUUCAACCGACGCUCCUCCCUUAUUUCCCAUCACAGGCUUCACACUGGAGAGAAACCUUAUAAGUGUAAUGAGUGUGGGAAGGGCUUUCGCCUGAGGGCAGAACUUGCCCGCCACCAGACAGUUCAUACUGGAGAGAAACCUUAUGAGUGUAAUGUGUGUAGGAAGACCUUUUGUCUGAGGGCAGAACUCACCCGACACCAGACAAUUCAUACUGGAGAGAAACGCUAUGAAUGUAACGAAUGUGGGAAGGCAUUCACCCGCAAUCCUUCCCUCAUUUCCCACUACAGGAUUCAUACUGGAGAGAAACCAUUUGAAUGUAAAGAAUGUGGGAAGGCCUUUGGCAGGAGAACAGGACUCAUUUAUCAUCAGAGAAUUCACACUGGAGAAAAACCUUACCAGUGUAGUAAAUGUGAGAAGUCUUUCUCCCAUAGGUCAGAACUUACUUCUCAUUAUUGGUUUCAUCUUGGGGGGAAACCUUAUAAAUGUAAUGAAUGUGAGAAGGCCUUUGGUCAGAGAACACAAUUAAUUUGCCAUCAGAGAAUUCAUACUGGUGAGAAACCCUUUGAAUGUAAGGACUGUGGGAAGGCCUUUACACGCAGCUCAUCCCUCACUUCUCAUUACAGGAUUCAUACCGGAGAGAAACCAUAUAAAUGUGUUGAAUGUGGGAAGGCUUUUGGCCGGAGAACUGAAUUAAUUUAUCACCAGAGGAUUCACACUGGGGAGAAACCCUAUGAAUGUAAGGAAUGUGCAAAGGCCUUCUCUCAUAGGUCAGAACUUACCUCCCACCAGAGGAUUCACACUGGGGGGAAGCCUUACGAAUGUAAGGAGUGUGGGAAGGCCUUCCGCCUGAGUUCACACUUUGCUCGACAUCAGAGAAUUCAUACUGGGGAGAAACCUCACAAGUGUAGUAAAUGUGCUGACCUCAGUGCCUGGCACUUAAGAAUCCACACUGGAGAGAAAUCUUAUGAAUGUAACCAAUAUGGAAAGGCUUUUACACAGAGGACUCACCUCAGUGAACAUCAUAGAAUCCACAGUGGAGAGAAAAUUUAUGAAUGUGAUCAGUGUGGAAAGGCCUUCAAAGGCAAUUCUAGUCUUGUUAAUCACCAGAGAAUCCACACUGGAGAAAAACCUUAUGAAUGUAAUCAAUGUGGAAAGGCUUUCAGAGACAGGUCCACUUUUGCCAGACAUCAGAGAAUCCACACUGGAGAGAAACCUUAUGAAUGUAAUCAGUGUGGUAAAGCUUUUACAAAGAGGGCCAAUCUUAGAGUACAUCAGAGAAGCCAUACUGGAGAGAAACCUUAUGAAUGUAAUCAGUGUGGAAAGGCUUUUACUCAGGGGUCCCAUCUUACCACACAUCAGAGAAGCCACACUGGAGAGAAACCUUAUGAAUGUAAUCAAUGUGGAAAGGCUUUCACACGGAGGAUUAGUCUUGCUAAACAUCAGAGAAUCCACACUGGGGAGAAACCUUAUGAAUGUAAUCACUGUGAAAAGGCUUUUAGAGACAGGUCCACUCUUGCCCAACAUCAGAACAGCCACACCGGAGAGAAACCUUAUGAAUGUAAUCAAUGUGGAAAGGCUUUCACAUGGAGGAUUAGUCUUGCUAAACAUCAGAGAAUCCACACUGGAGAGAAACCUUAUGAAUGUAAUCAGUGUGGAAAGGCUUUUACACUGAAUGCCAGUCUUAGAUUACAUCAGAGAAGCCACACUGGAGAGAAACCUUAUGAAUGUAAUCAAUGUGGAAAGGCUUUUACACUGAAUGCCAGUCUUAGAUUACAUCAGAGAAGCCAUACUGGAGAGAAACCUUAUGAAUGUAAUCAAUGUGGAAAGGCUUUCACAUGGAGGAUUAGUCUUGCUAAACAUCAGAGAAUCCACACUGGAGAGAAACCUUAUGAGUGUAAUCAGUGUGGAAAGGCUUUUACACUGAAUGCCAGUCUUAGAUUACAUCAGAGAAUCCACACUGGAGAGAAACCUUAUGAAUGUAAUCUGUGUGGAAAGGCUUUCAGGUGCAGCUCCAAUCUUGCUGAACAUCAGAGAAUCCACAAUGGAGAGAAACCUUAUGAAUGUAAUCAUUGUGGAAAGGUCUUCAGAGGAAGCUCAAGGCUUGCUGAACAUCAGAAAAUCCACACUGGAGAGAAACCUUAUGAGUGUAAUCAGUGUGGAAAGGCUUUUAGAGACAGGUCCACUCUUGCCCAACAUCAGAGAGUCCACACUGGAGAGAAACCUUAUGAAUGUAAUCAGUGUGGAAAGUCCUUCAGAGUAAGCUCAGGGCUUGCUGAACAUCAGAGAAUCCACACUGGAGAGAAACCUUAUGAAUGUAUUCAGUGUGGAAAGUCUUUUAGAGACAGAUCCACCUUUGCCAGACAUCAGAGAAUCCACACUGGGGAGAAGCCAUUUGAAUGUAAUCAGUGUGGUAAAGCUUUUACAAAGAAGGCCAACCUUAGAGCACAUCAGAAAAUCCACACUGGAGAAAAACCUUAUGAAUGUAAUGUGUGGAAAGGAUUUUGCACAUAGAUGUAAAUUUGUUAACAUCAGAGAAUCCACACUGGGGAGAGACUUUAUUAAUGUAAUCACUGUGGAAAGCCUUUUAGAACCAGCUCUGAUCUAGUUAAACAUCAGAGAAUUCACACUGGAGAAAAUACAGUCCAUGUGGUAAGGCCUUCAGGCAAAAGUCAGUGACAUGAUUGAGGAGGCAUGUAAGUGGAGCUUUGUUAGACAGCAGAAAAUUCUGCAUACAAGACAUUUAUGGCUUUGCUAAAGAGAGCCUGUAGCCAGGAAUUGUCUCUUAUCCUCCCAUCAGAUUAUGCUGUUAACAGAAUUUUUACUGAGCCAGUCUCUAACCUAAGAAUGCUUGGAGCCACACAAAGCAGAGUGUCAGUAAUCAAGUUGUUUAAUUAAUUAGUGUUGGAGUGAGGAAUGUUCCCUUUAGCUGAAGUAAAAGCAUAGGUUUUAUACUUAAGUCACAACUAGGGAAGGUGGAUUACAGUCUUUCAAUGGUUUCCCAGGAGAAAGCCACAAGUCUCAACAGUUCUGCAGUCAUGUCUUUGGGGGUUGUGACCACCUCCCCUAAAGGAGAGAACCAGAGUUCUCUGAGGGGAACAAGUUCUACAAUCUUUGAUUCACUUCACUUUAGGUCCAGUGAUUGUGACCCUUAUCAGAACUGA